CAGAAAGAUUGGAUUUAAGACAUGCAGUUGUCAACCAAUAAUGCAGCAUAAAUAUAUCCAUUGAGGGAGUCUAAGUGGUCAGUACGGAAUUAAUAAUUUGCUCUGCUCUAUAACUAUUGUUCUAUCUCUGCUGACUCCCAAACACGACCCACUGAGGACAGAGAUAAAUGGCGAAUGAAUGUGGAUGGGAUGAGUCCUAUAAGGAAGCAUUAUUGGAGCAGAAAGAAGAGAAACAGUACUAUGAGAACUGCCCAGGUUGUAAGGUGGAGCAACAGAGACAGCUGCAAAGAGGGGUUCCAGUCAAAUUGCUGAUCCGCGUUUGGACAAUUGUUCUCUGCACUUCACUUCCAAUAUCAUCUCUCUUUCCAUUCCUAUAUUUCAUGAUAAGAGAUUUCAAAAUUGCAGAGACCGAAGAAGAUAUUGGUUAUUAUGCAGGUUAUGUAGGAUCCGCAUUCAUGCUUGGAAGGGCAAUGACAUCUCUAUUUUGGGGGAUGUUAGCCGAUAGAUAUGGCAGAAAACCGGUUUUUAUAUUCAGCACAAUCUCUGUGGUGAUUUUCAAUACACUUUUCGGUUUUAGCGUAAACUUCUGUAUGGCAAUCAUUACUCGAUUUCUUCUUGGAAGUUUAAAUGGUUUGCUUGGACCAAUCAAAGCAUUUGCAGUAGAAGCCUUUCCGGAACGAUAUCAAUCAUUGGGACUAUCUUCGGUUAGCACAGCAUGGGGUAUGGGCUUAAUCAUUGGCCCCGCUUUGGGAGGUUUUCUUGCACAGCCUGCAGAGAAGUAUCCUUCGUUCUUCUCAAUGGACUCAUUAUUCAGAAGAUUUCCCUACCUUUUGCCUUGCUUGUGCAUUUCUAUGUUUGCAUUACUUGUGACCAUUUCCACAUUUUGGUUACCGGAAACACUACAUAAACAUGACUCAGUGAGCGUUUCAUCUUUCAACUCAAACAAGACUUUAGAGGCUGCUUCUAAAACCUCUAGAGGAUCCAAGAAGAGAAUUUUCAAUAAUCGGCCCUUAAUGUCAUCUAUUGUUGUAUAUUGUGUCUUUUCCCUUCAUGAAAUGGCUUAUACCGAGAUAUUCUCAUUGUGGGCUGAGAGUCCUCGAAGACUUGGAGGAUUAAGUUAUUCUUCAGACGAUGUUGCAAUCGUUCUAGCAAUCUCUGGUACAUAACAAUAUAUUUUUCUAAAAUUGACAAAUUAAUGUGUUUCACUCAACUUAAACCUUUGAUACUCUGUAUAUUGCAAUAAUGCGUGCGCACGCACACACAUAUUUUAGUUUUGGGUUUCUAUCCUAAAACUUAGAUGGUGGAUAUAAUUUCUCAAGUCUGAUCGACUACUUCCUGGCUUCGAGGCUCGAACUCAGUGUUCGGCUAAAUAGUUUCAACGAACACCACAAGAGGUUAUUAAUAUGCAAGAGACUAAUAUUCAUGAUUGCACUUAAUUAUUUAAUAAAAAAUAUUAUGUAAUGAUUAUUCAUUAACCCUGCCCCUAUACCUACAAGAGGGACGUCCCACUCUCAUUUGGAGGGCGGCUUCUCCAUGACCCACAUUUUCACUCAUUUUUCUGAAAUGGAUAUCAAUAAAAGAAAGAGUAUCAAUCUCUUAUUAUGUUCUUAUUUUAAUUUUUACAAUAAUAUUACCGGUUUUAUGUUGGGUCAUCCCUUAAAAAAGGCUUCGGAAUUUAAAUGAUGAUCCAACAUAAAUAUGUAAUGUGAUUGUAAAAAUAUAAAAUAAAAGAAGAAUACAACAACAUAUUAAUACAAUUUCCUUUAUGUUGUUAUCUAUUUCGGGAUAUACAGAAGUGAGAAGACGGGUCGAGGAGAAGCUACC